GCCCGGUGCCGGUGGCUCGUGCCCCGCUGUGAGACAAAAGUAAUUUUCAAGUAAUUUAAUGUACAAUCCACAAAUAUGGAUACCAGAAAGUUAAUUGAAAUAUUACGCGCCACUAUUGAUCCUAAUCAACGGCAACAAGCAGAAGAGCAACUUUCCCAGAUUCAUAAGAUAAUCGGAUUCGCUCCAGCUCUACUGCAAGUUGUUAUGCAAAAUGAUGUCAACAUACCAGUGCGCCAAGCUGGUGUCGUCUAUCUCAAGAACUUGAUCACGUCAGGAUGGCAAGAUAAAGAGCGUGAAGAGGGCGAACCAAUCCCAUUUAACAUCCACGAGCAGGAUCGCGCUAUGAUUAGAGACAUCAUAGUAGAGGCGAUCGUCCAGGCUCCUGAAAUAAUCAGAGUACAGUUGUGUGUCUGCCUGAAGACUAUCAUAAAACAUGACUUUCCAGAGCGAUGGACUCAGAUCGUGGACAAAAUACACAUUUUCUUACAAAAUCCUGACGCUAAUAGUUGGAUGGGCGCUCUACAAUGUUUGUAUCAAUUGAUCAAGAACUAUGAAUACCACAUUUCCGAGAAACGAACGCCACUCAUAGAAGCUAUGAACCUGCUUCUCCCUAUGAUAUAUAAUCUCAUAGUUAACUUGGAACCAGAUCAAUCUGUUGAAUCAAUUUUGAUACAGAAGCAGAUCUUGAAAUGCUUCUAUGCUCUAACAAAGUAUAUUCUACCUUUGGACUUGAUAACCAGGGAUGCCUUUACAAAAUGGAUGGUAGUCUUGCGUUCGAUAAUGGAACGUCCCGUGCCCGAUACCACGCUCCAAGUUGACGAGGACGAACGGAUGGAGCUACCCUGGUGGAAAUGCAAGAAGUGGGCUGUUCACACGCUUUAUCGCCUAUUCGAAAGGUAUGGCAGCCCGGUGAACGCGCGUGAGGAGUACGUCCAGUUCGCAGAGUGGUACCUCACCACCUUCACCGGUGGUAUCUUGGACGUGCUCCUUCGGAUCCUGGAUCAGUACAGGAACAAAAUAUACAUAUCGCCCCGUGUACUCCAGCAGACGCUCAGCUACAUCGAUCACUGCGUAGUCCACUCACACUCUUGGAAGUUACUGAAGCCGCACAUGUUCGCCAUCAUACAAGAUGUUCUGUUCCCCCUGAUGUCUUAUUCUGAAAAUGACGAAGACCUCUGGGAAAAUGAUCCUCAUGAAUACAUACGCAUCAAAUUCGAUAUUUUCGAGGACUAUGUUUCUCCUGUAACAGCAGCACAGUCUUUGCUCAUUUCCUCUUGCAAGAAGCGAAAGGGAAUGCUCGAACGGACUAUGCAACUUUGUAUGCAGAUACUAACCUGCCAGAAUGGAGAGUAUGGUCCGAGGCAGCGUGAUGGUGCGCUUCACAUGGUCGGCACUCUGAAUGAAAUCCUUGUCAAAAAGAAGUUUUACAAGGACGAGAUUGAUUCCCUCCUUAGCAUGUAUGUCUUCCCUGAGUUCCAUAGCCCACUGGGUUAUAUGCGAGCCAGAGGUUGCUGGGUAUUACAUUGCUUUGCGAGCAUUCGCUUCAAGAGCGAGCAGCUUUUGUUUGAGGCUGUUCGCCUUACAGUCGAUUCUUUGUUGAACGAUACUGAUUUACCUGUCAAAGUAGAAGCGGCUAUAGCAGUACAGAUGCUAUUAACAUCACAGGAAAAGGUCCAUAAGAUCCUCGAACCUCAAGUUAAGGAAGUAACAUCAGAACUACUGAAGGUUAUCCGUGAGACUGAGAACGACCAUAUUGCUAAUGUGUUGCAAAAGAUCGUGCCAAUGUAUACUGAGCAGCUAAUGCCAAUGGCUUUUGAGAUAACAGACCACCUUGCUACCACAUUCAGUAAGGUAAUUGAGACCGAUGCAGGCACCGAUGAAAAGGCCAUCACAGCAAUGGGCCUCCUUACAACUAUGGAGACUGUACUAAACGUAAUGGAAGAUAACCCGGAGAUCAUGGCACAACUCGAAAAAACUGUCCUACGUGUAGUUGGACACAUCCUUCAUCACAACAUUAUUGAAUAUUAUGAAGAAGCCAUGACUUUACUAUGCAAUCUAACAGCUAAAAGCAUAUCUGAAGACAUGUGGAAGGUCUUAGAAUUGUUGUACCAAGUCUUUGAGAAGGAAGGGUUUGACUACUUUACAGACAUGAUGCCCGUAUUGCACAACUAUGUAACAGUUGAUACCAAUGCCUUCCUGUCCAAUGAGAAUCACAUACUAGCCAUGUUUAACAUGGUCAAAGCGGUGCUGAACUCCGAUGCCGAAGACGAAUCGGAGAUAUAUGCAGCGAAAUUACUGGAAGUCAUGGUGCUUCAGUGCGCUGGGAAGAUAGAUAAUUGUCUACCAUCAUUUGUGGAGCUUGUACUCAAUAGGUUGACGAGAAAAGUAAAGACCUCUGAACUCAGGACCAUGCUGCUUCAGGUCCUCAUAGCUAUCCUGUACAGCAAUCCUCAAUUGCUGUUUUCUAUCCUGGACAAGCUUCAGGAGGCGGUGCCUAAUGCGUCCAUUACCCAGCAUUUCAUAAAACAAUGGAUCCACGAUACUGACUGUUUCAUGGGGCUUCAUGACAGAAAACUUUGCGUGCUCGGCAUUUGCACACUACUGGACAUGGGCCCUCAGCGACCCAACCUAGAUGAGUUCAUUCCUAAGCUGCUGCCGUCCUGUUUGGUGCUGUUUGAUGGUUUGAAACGAGCUUACGAAAGCCGAGCCGAGGCUGAUGAUGAUUCAUCUUCAGAGGAAGAUGACCAGGAUCUUGAUGAAGAGACCUUGUCGAGUGACGAAGACGACAUCCAGGAAAUGAGCCACGAGUACCUGGAAACGCUCGCCCGCAUGGCAGUAAAAACUAGCAAUCAGCAGGGUGUCGAGAUGACUGCCAAAAUUGAAGAUUACUAUGACAGCGAUGACGUGAGUCAAUUGGACGAUGACGACUACGAACCGGAGGAUGCUGCCAUUGAAUGCUACACAACACCCCUCGACGACAGGGACUGUCCUGUCGAUGAGUACGUUAAAUUCAAGACCACGCUCUCCGCUUUAUCGAGCACCGAGCCUGCUUUGUAUCACGCAUUAACUAGUGUGCUCAGUGAAGACCAAAAGAAGCAACUGAGUGCUGUGUUUGUGCUCGCUGACCAGCGUAAGGCCCAGAUGGACAGCAGACGCAUUGAACAGAGUGGAGGUUACUCGUUCACGGUGCCAGCUCAGGUGCCAACGACAUUCAAGUUCGGAUCUUAAAUUCGCCUGCACUGGGGGACUAACAAAAUUAUAGUAACAUUCAUCAUCAAAUGAUUAUCACCAUAAGUUUAUUUUCUGUUCGCUGUACAAAAGUCAACAUUGGUUUUUAUUAUACGCAAUUUGGCUUAUGUUCAAGCGAUUAUAGAAUUUUAAACUUAAACCCAUUCACGAAAGGCUCUCAUAUCACGUUUACGAUGUAAGAAAACAAAUGGAAAUGAUAUUUUUAUUUAAUUAUUUUUUUCCGCUUAUGUAUGUAUGCUUGUAGAGCCUGUAUUUUUAGAUCAAAUAUACAUUUUAUGAAACUGACGCAACACUUUCUUUCGAUAUCUAUAAUUUUAUGACAUUUAAGUUAAACGGUUUUAUAUGUUUUAGUUACUGAGUAUGCUGUUUUUGUUUGUGGUAAAUGUUCACCGUUUGUUUUGACAGACCUGUAGGCAUUUUAGCGUAUGCAACUAACUAAAUCCAUUCGUUUUUGUUUUUAAUUAUGAAUAUAGUCUAGCAAACACAAUUGGAGUGGUGGUUCAGUACCGGUUGGCUUCACUGGAAGUCUGGCAUUGGAUCUCAGAUUUUUUGUGUAUUUGUUUUUUUUGUUUAUUUGUCCAAUGUACCAUUGUUAAGUUUAGAAAAAAUGAUUAUAUUUUAUGUCGACGUUGUUUCGGACUGCUUAAAGCCGCUUGGACGCCGAUGCUGAAAUACUAACUAGUGUGAAAAAUUCGACCUUUUUUAGUCCGAUAAAAAAAUUCACUCCAGUAUAUUUUUAUAUUUUUGUCGUCAAAAUUCUUAUUUAAAUGACAUUUUUUACUAAUAACAAUAGAACGUUUGGUUGGUUAUUAUAUACCGAAGAGAAUGAACGUGAAUUUUUUUAAAUCGAGUGAUAUCGAUCGAAAGUGAUUUUUAUAAGUGUGUAAACUUCUUUUUAUUCGUAUUGUUUUUAUGAAUAGCCGAAAUGAAUCUAGAUUAUUAUUUUUUAAUUUAUUUGCGCUACAAACUUGAUGCAUUUGAAAUUGCUUUUUUUUUGUGUCGAAUAAUACAAUUUUUUUUAUCCAAAUAAUAAUAAUAUGUUUACCGGAAAGAGUGAAGUAUUGAAAUCAUAUUCAUUAAUUAAAUUUAAGUAUCAAUACGAUCGUGUUUCAAAUGAUAUGUUUAAUUCACGGUUCUAGGCGAUGGACAUUGAAUUUAUGCAUUAAAAAAAAAAUCACAUGUUCUUUCCUAAAGCGACAAAUAUUAGUGUUGCCACUAUUUUUCUAUCAAGAUUAGUGUUAAGGUUUUGCAUUGAUCAUUGGUUUAUGAAAUCUAUGAUGCGUUACAUUUGUUUAGAAUAAUUCUUGUCAACUGUACAAGUGGCAACGCCUAACUCAGCUUUGACGAUAUUUAACAGAAGUUGUCAAAAAAUUCAUAGUCUAUAAAUAUAACCAGUUUCGACUAGUUACCUACAUUGCAUCCAAUAUUUUAUUAUUUAUUGGUGAGAAGCAACUUUUAUUAUUCGCAUCAUAAUAAUUUAAAAAUGUUAGAUGUUAAUGGAAUUUAUUGUAUCACAAUGAAUAUUAUUUGAUAAUUAUUUACCCGUAUAAUACAUAUUAUUAAAAUACAAUUUCGUGGAGAUUGUAAAGGAUUGUGAUCUUUAAGAUGGGGGAAUAUACAGAAACUUGGUGUUGAAAUGUAUCACGAUAAUAUUAGUGUUUUACUUUCACUAAAUGUUGAAUAAAGAAAAUAUGUCUAGGAAAAAAAAUGCAUGUGUCUUUGAUGUUCGUUGUCUGUACAAUAGGUUUAUUUCCGAAAAAUUUUCGGGUGUUUAGAAAUGUUGAUGCACAACACGGAAGGCUGCCUACACCCGACUGAAGUGGCACUACGCGAUUAAGAAUGCGACAGCAGCUGAAGAAGUUCACUAGGAUGUCUAUUAUUUUUAAAGUGUUCACUGUAAAUAAAUUAGUAAAAGAGUUGAUAAUUAUAAUAAUUGGCGCUAUACCGUAAAGCUCUGGCCACCUGUGUGCUUAGUGCGAGUUUCUUAACGUUCUCGAUAGCGUAAAAGUUAACCUAAUUUUGUAUGCAGUUGGAACAGAGCCCCUAGCGGCAAACGUACGCAAACGAACCCAUUCCAUACAAAUAUGAGGUAACUUUCACGAUAUCGAGAACGUUAAAAAACUCGCACUAAGCACACUUGUCUCCACCGUAACGCCUAAAUUGCAUUGUGAUCUGAUAAACAUAAAUGCGUCAAGCAUCAAGACUAUGACGGGCCAAGCUCAUAAUUCUAUAUUUUUGUUACUAUAAUAGUAGUUGUUAAUAACGUUUUAAUCACACUAUCGAAUAUAAAUAAAAUUUACCGCAUUGAUGUUACAAAAAAAAUCCUUAAAAAUCACAGUAUCGAUGUUAGUUUGUUACGUAAAUGAGAUAAAUAGAGAAAAAUAUUAAUGUGAUGAUUAAAUUAAAUCUAUGUAUGUGACAAAGUUUUCAAUGUAACGAAUUUUUUAUUUUAUUGUAAUACUAUUAAUGAUUGUUCAAUUUCUUUCCGUUACCAGAAAAUGGAUCGUCGUGAAUUAUUUCUAUUGUCUGUAUCGAAGCUUAGAUUGACCCUGUACACUAUUAAAAUAUUAAUGUGUAUUUUAUAAA